AUGGGCCAGUGUGUCACAAAGUGCAAGAAUCCUUCUUCUACCCUUGGCAGCAAAAAUGGGGAAAGGGAAUCCAGCAGCAAGUCACAUAAUAAGAGAAGUGCAGUCCACAAAGAUGACCAUGGUUCAGCUUGUGGGAAGUCUUCAGGAGAUAUACUUGUGAAUGGGACAAAGAAAACGGACUCUGCUGUGGAGUCUAGUCAGCCUCCAACGUUUUCUGGAGAUACAAAGAAAGACUCUGUUUCCAGCGCAGAAGAAUCUUCGCUCCAAAGGAUUGGGGAGUUAUUUAGGAGGUAUAAGGAUGAGCGGGAAGAUGCCAUACUGGAAGAAGGAAUGGAACGAUUUUGCAAUGACCUCUGUGUUGAUCCCACUGAAUUUAAAGUGCUAGUUUUGGCUUGGAAAUUCCAGGCUGCUACCAUGUGCAAAUUUACAAGGAAGGAGUUUUUUGAAGGCUGCAAAGCAAUAAAUGCGGACAGCAUUGAUGGCAUUUGUGCAAGGUUCCCCAGCCUCUUAAACGAAGCCAAGCAGGAAGAUAAAUUCAAGGAUCUCUAUCGUUUCACCUUCCAGUUCGGCCUGGACUCUGAAGAGGGACAGAGGUCGCUACAUCGGGAAAUAGCCAUUGCCCUUUGGAAAUUAGUCUUCACCCAAAACAAGCCCCCCAUUUUGGACCAGUGGUUACACUUCCUAAUCGAGAACCCCUCAGGAAUCAAGGGAAUUUCCCGGGACACGUGGAACAUGUUUCUAAAUUUUACUCAGGUGAUUGGACCGGACCUUAGCAACUACAGUGAGGACGAGGCCUGGCCGAGUCUCUUCGAUACCUUUGUGGAGUGGGAAAUGGAGCGAAGGAAAAAGGAAGAGGAAACCAAAUGUACUACGUCUUUGGACACAGAGGGCCUGUGUGCAGAGGAACAGACUUAGCGGCGUGGAAGCAGCAGUGACGAAAGUGACCUGUUGCCCUUCAUGAAAUAUAAACUCUGGAUGUUUCUGGAAAUUACCGAGGCUCCAGAUUUUUCUACUUUACACCUUUUUCUGCCUUGUCUUUGAAAGGGCUCUAAAAUGCUGUAUCAUGUUUUAGGCACUUUCUUAAUUUUGGUUAUUCCUUUUACUCUUGCCCUGAAAUAUUUGGCCCUGGCUACAAGUUAAGCAUUUUUGGGGUUGUUUUUUUUAAGACUUCAGAUUAGUAUAAGUAAGUCUGAUAUUUCUUGCACAAUGUAGAUCUUUUUAGUUAGGUUAAAUUAACAUUGCUAAAUUAUACAGUGCCAGAUUAAGUUUUUCAUACUACAUCUGUCAGGGCAGGUCUGUACUGUGUGUAGUGCUGUUUACAUUGUUGAAAUUUUAGGCUGUAAUAAUUUUAAGGUUUUACACCAAGAUGAACAGCAGUGUUAACUGUUAACUAUAAAUGCAUUAAUCCCCCUGAUAAUAAGGCUCUAAAAAACCAACAUAAACAACAGCUUUUUGUAAUAUGGCUAGUUCCCAUUUUAAGCUAACUCUUAGUGAAUGAGUCCGGAUCAUUCCUUUCUUUGGCGUUUCAAACUAAAUGUUGGGAUUGUUUUAUAAAAUUACUGUACCUGUCAGUCAACUGAGUGGUAGAUGAUGAUUUGUAUCUAAAUCUCUUACACAACACAUAAUAAGAGAGCAGUA